AUGGGCAGCACUCAGGACAUGAACCCGGGGAAGCCGGUCCUAUUCUUCGAUAUUGACAACUGUCUCUAUCCACGGAGCACAAAAGUCCAUGACAUAAUGGCUAAACUCAUUGAUGAGUACUUCUCCAAGCACCUGGAGAUCCCUUGGGAUGAAGCUGUGAAACUGCACAAAGAGUAUUACACCAACUAUGGCCUCGCUAUUGAGGGGUUGGUGCGCCAUCACCAAAUCGAUCCCCUGGAUUACAACGCCAAAGUGGACGAUGCUUUACCCCUCGAAGAAAUCAUCAAGCCCAACCCUGAGCUACGCGAGCUCCUGGAGGACAUCGACAAGUCCAAGGUUACUGUGUGGCUUUUCACCAACGCUUACGUGAACCACGGGAAGAAGGUUGUUCGCCUCUUGGGCAUCGAGGAUAUCUUCGAUGGUCUCACAUACUGCAACUAUGCGGAACAACCGUUACUCUGCAAGCCGGACCCCCGCAUGUACGAGAAGGCGAUGCGCGAAGCAGGCGUCGACCGUGUGGAGGAUUGUUACUUUGUCGAUGAUUCUGCCCUGAACUGCACAGAAGCCAAAAAGUUUGGUUGGACAGCAGCCCAUCUCGUUGAGGAGGGAGUGCCAGCUCCCAAAACCCCUGCUUCGCAAUACCAAAUCCAGCAUCUGCGAGAGCUACGGAAUGUCUACCCGCAGUUCUUCAAAUCUACUUCAAGCAAGGCAUAG